CAGAAGAGACGUGAAUCUCACGAAAUUACAGCGGGCAAAGCUGCGGCCAGUAGCACUCGGCGGUGCUCGUGCAGAGAAACGGAGAACCGAAACAGGCAGUUGGAAACAGUCUGACGCUCUAAAUACAGCGCACACAUCGAAAACAGAAGGAGAUUACAGCAAACGAGUGAGUCAAAAAAUCAGGGCAACGAGACGGAAGAAUUGCGGGAGAUGCGGCUCUGCGCGGUGGAGCCCGGUCACGUACCCGAGGUGCAACUCUCAAGCGGCUCUGCGCCCCUCAAGCGCAAGCACUUAGCAGUGGAGAAUGUCGGGGCGCGCGAUCGGCGGGGCAUACGUCAAUGCGACAGUCGGAUUCCACGGCAGCGGUUCGACGAACGAACGCAUGGGGAUCUCGGGGGGGGGGGGCGUGCUCGACGAAGAUGAAAACAAGACGGGUGCUGUGUUUCGUUCCGUUGCUGAGGGAGGCGUUCGCGCAGGGCUCCGGCGGCGGGAGAGGGUUUCCCUGGCGGCUCGUGUCGAGGAGGGAAAAUGGCGAUGCAGACGGUGCGCGUGCUCGCGAAGGACAGGGACGGCGGCGCGCAGGGCUGCUCGCAGAGGAGGCGGAGCUGUUCGAGGAGGAGGAAGCUCCAUCAGCGGCAUCCCGUCCAAGGAUCAGAGGCGGCAGUGUUCGCUGACUGGGCUCUUUCGAGCCUCUCAGCACUCAGCCUCAUGCCUCAUUCGCGUGUGCUCAACCUCGCCAACGAGAACGCCGCGGGGAUUAGCGCUAGUUUGGGGUCGGGGUGGCCCAUCGCCCAUGGGGCGCGUCUGGACUUUGGAGCGGCUGGAUCCACCCUCUCGCCCUGCUACCGACUUUUUGCCGUAGCGUGGCCAGCCCGCGAAUGGCACAAUGCCUCGGAGCCCUCCUCUGGUCCUGUCGACUCUACCGCCAACUCGCCGCCGUCCUGCUCCGCGCCCACGCAGCUGCUGCGCUUCUCCAAGUCCAUGAGCACGAGCCACUGCUGUCGCCGCAUGCAACCCCGCACACGGCUCAAAGCAGCAUAGCGG